AUCAGUGUACGGUCCAGGGAAGCCGCAUUGUGUAGAUGGUAGCCUACUUAGUAACCUAAUAGAUUUACAUUGUUGAAAACACGGCACUGUACAUCUUCAGAGCUGUAUGAACUAUAAAUAAGAUAAGCAAGAAACACUAUUUGUAUUUUGUUAGAUCAUCAGUGAUUAUUGAAUAAUGCCUUUGAGGACCGGACUUUUUCUUCUAAUGGUGCUGAUUGCAUCUGCAUAUGAACUGGAUCAGAACGAGUCGUAUUCACCCAGAAGAGCCCGCUUUUCAGCAAAUACCCCUUCUGACGUGGCACGCUGUCUGAACAGUGCCCUCCAAGUAGGCUGUGGAGCUUUCGCCUGUCUGGAGAACUCCACGUGUGACACAGAUGGCAUGCACGACAUCUGCAAGUCCUUUCUGUACAGUGCAGCUAAAUUUGACACUCAGGGCAAAGCCUUUGUGAAAGAGAGCCUCAAGUGCAUUGCCAAUGGCAUCACCUCAAAGGUGUUCCCCACCAUCCGCCGCUGCUCCACCUUUCAAAGAAUGAUCUCAGAGGUUCAGGAGGAGUGCUACAGCAAGCUGGAUAUCUGCACUAUCGCCCGCAUCAACCCAGAUGCCAUUGGAGAGGUGGCACAGCUCCCAAGCCACUUCCCCAACAGGUUUUACGGUAAGCUCCUCCAGAGCCUGAUGGACUGUGAUGAGGAGACUGUGGAUCUGGUGAGGGCCAGUAUGGUGUCCAGGCUUGGCCCAGAGAUGACCAUUCUCUUCCAGCUGCUGCAGAACAAGCCCUGCCCCUCAGCUGCUGCUGCUAUUGUUGCUGCCGUUCCAACUGGAGUGGAGGGCCGUGGGAGCUUGCAGUGGUCCAUGGGUCCACACAUGUAUAAGAUCCAGCCUGGUCUACGCAACAGAGACUCUGCCAGCCAUUUAGGCAAGAAGCGUGCCACUGGUGACAGCUCCUAACUCCCACUCAGAUCCAGAAACUACACACACCCCUCAAAAACAUAAACAAGCUAACAGUGGUCUCUUCACUUGGGUAUUUAAGAAUCAUUCCUCUCCAGACUGGAAAAUAACAUGCACCUCUAAGAGAAUAGCCAAUGUGUUUCAAGUAUGUUUAACAUCAAAGUUUGAGUUGUUGUGUGAGAUACAUUGUACCUUAGGUUAGAGAGGAUCCCCUCCCCUAAACUAUUUCCUAACUCUUAUCACUCACACUGUUUGUUCAUUGAACAUGUUAUUGUAGCACCACAACUUGGCCCAGUUCAUUCCUGUUCACUUCCCAUACUUGAUAUAGUAUCAUCUGAGAGCCUAGUGAGGAUGAUGUCCCUCUAAGUUUUCUGUCUAGGAUUUCAAGCAUAAACCUGCAGGUAUGGUUCAUAUCUAUAGAGCACAAGUGUUCCCAAAUAAUUUUGGUUGCAAUAUUCAAAUGUGCAUCCAUUAGUAGAAUAUCAAUUGAUAAGUCAACAAUAUCUUCAUCAAUAGAUCAUUAUUAAUAGAUGUUUCAUACAGUUUAUGUGAGAUAUUUCUAUAUUAUGAUGAGAUUAGUCAAAUGAGUGUGCUAUAUAAAUCAGUGUCACAUAGUCACUGACACAAACAGGAUUUAUUUAUUUAUUAAUUAUUAGUCUCAGAUGGCCACAGCUAGCUCUGUGAGAGGCGUGUCCCUCAGAUGAGAGCAAUCCUAAUCAACUUUGCGCAGGAAGCUACUUUAGACCGACCAAAUAACUUGAAACCACCCAAAAUGUCAUUCAAAACAGACUUAAAUGUGGUGAAAGGUGUUUAGCUAACGCCUAUACCAGAGAAUAUAGCAUUGUUUAGAUACAACUACAUAUGUUCUGUCCUGAAACACUCAGUUCACAAUAAGUAUGUACCAGCAGUGUAACUUAUGAGUAGGUGACCCCCUGAGAUUGAUAGAGGUCACCCCCUUGGACUGAUGAACAACAUUCUCCCUGGUGAAUAUGACACGGAGGGGUUGGAUCAUACACACUGACUUCCAGUGUUGAUAAUGACUAUUUAAAAGCCUUGUUGGUAUAAUAUUGAUAUUUAUUUUCCUACUAUAUUAUUUAAGUUGUUAUUUUAUGAUGUUGCUGUAGUUUUAGUUACAGAUAUACAAUUUUAAAGUGCAGUUUGGUCAUGGCUCCUAUUUCAAUGGGGGCUCAUGAUCAAAUACUAUAGUAUCUGCCACUCUCCACACUUUCCGCUCUGUUGACUGAAUAGGACCCAUGGUAUGACUCUGUGCUGGACAUAGGGGAACAACAUUGUCACUUAUGUACUGUUGCAAGGGGACUUUGUGUUUAUUUUCCAAACCCAGUUAAUAAUGUUAUAAAGGUAGAGAGAAAUUGUGGUCAAGCCAUUCAUUGUACAGUUAACAAACAGAUAAACUUGAAGACGGAACUGCAAAGCAUUUGCUGAAUCUAUUCUUAACAUCAUGCAAAAGAAUGUAUCUCUCAGAAAGGUUACCCUAGUGACAUAACUUCAUAAGUGCUUCAAUAGAGGGAGAUUAAUUCAUCAUGACUUUGAGCAGUGUAUUCUCACAGUGCACAUACCUGGCUGAGGGAGAUGUACAAUAGGGGAAAAGAACGUUAAAGAGAUGUGAUGGUUUUACAAUACAAAAUCAUGUGAAAUGUUAAGAACUCACAAACCUAUGCAAUAAUCUCUCAUYUGGAGGAUUCACAYUYACACACAAKCWUGCCCUUUGUC